GUCAAUUAUUUAAAAUGGAGUAGGAGCAAAGAUAAAUAUUUGGCAAUUCUAGUAAAACAAAUUAUUAUUUGUUUAGUAUCUUUAGUAUAAACUAUAGUUCAUAAUGGAUAUUCUCCCAGGUAUUCUCUAAAUGAACAUACAAGAAAGACCUGCACGUUUUGAUGUCCUAGUGUUACCCUGUAUUGAAUGUUUUUUUAUUUUCCCUUUGUAGAGUGGAAAUGGAGGGUGUCAAUGCUUCCUUUAAAAAAGGCCCAGGACUCUAUGAAUUCUUGAUAGAAGCUGAAUUACAACAAUAUUUUAAUAGUUUCAAAAAUACACUGAAAAUCACUCAUCCUUCUCAACUGAAAUUUACCACUGAUGGAGAUUUGAUUGAAAUUGGAAUGUCCAAGCCUGAAAUGCGUAGGCUUAGAAAAUACUAUGAAAAACACUUCCCUCAUAAUUAUAUUUCCAAAUUCAAGAAGCUUCUAACCCAUAGGAAGCAUGAACAUUCAGUCAAUGAUGCUUAUCUUUUGGGAAGCACUGAUUCAUUGACCCUAUCCAAGGCCCCCAGGGUGUCCAGCAAACAUAUUAUCCCUUCUUCUAGCAUAACUAUCAAUAAGGAGCUGGGAAUGGGUGAAUUUGGAGUAGUACAACAGGGUGUUUGGUGUAAUGAGGGAGAGAGAAUACAAGUCGCGAUCAAAUGUCUGUCGAGGGACCGCAUGCAGUCCAACAUGGUGGAGUUCCUCAAGGAGGCCUCCAUCAUGCACAACAUCGACCACGGCAACAUCGUUCGCUUCUUCGGCGUCGUUCUACCUAACGUCGACGGCAGCCUGAUGCUGGUCACCGAGCUGGCGCCGCUACGGUCGUUGCUGGAGUGCCUCAAGGAGCCCUCGCUGCGCGCCAGCUUUCCCGUGCUCACCCUGUGCGAUUUCGCGUAUCAGAUUUGCGACGGGAUGCAGUAUCUGGAGGCCAACAGGUUGAUCCACAGGGACUUGGCGGCUAGGAACAUUCUCGUCUUCUCCAAGAACAAGGUGAAAAUCUCGGACUUCGGCCUGAGCCGGGCGCUCGGCCAAGGCAAGGACUACUACCAGACGAACUUCAACGUCAAUUUGAAGUUGCCUAUCGCUUGGUGCGCCCCCGAAUGCAUCAGCUACCUCAGGUUUACUACCGCCAGCGACGUGUGGGCGUUCGGGGUCUGUUUGUGGGAGAUGUUUUCCUAUGGGUUCCAGCCGUGGGCAGCGUUGACGGGGCAGCAGAUUCUGGAGGCCAUCGACGAACCGAAUUUUCAAAGACUGGAGCAGCCCGACUGCUGUCCCCUCGACCACUACGCCCUGAUGGCGGAGUGCUGGCGGCACGAGGCCGCCUCCCGGCCGCACUUCGCCGACAUCGGGCCGCUGCUGGCCGAGUGCCGGCCCGAGCAGGUACAAGCGAAGGCGUCGAGCAACGAAGGGCCGCACAUGCUCAGCUACCGGGUGGGGGAUGUGAUCACGGUGCUCGACAAGAAAACGCACCAGCCGCUGUGGAAGGGCGCCACCGCGGGCGGCAAGACCGGCCCCUUCGACCCCGCCAACGUGGUCGCCUACCUCGGCAGCGACCUGCCCGGCUCCUCCUUCCUGCGCGCGGACAGUGCGCGGUCGUCGACGCGCCGCAAGCUGCGCAGCGAGAUGAUCAGCGCGCCGCAGGGUGACGUCAAGCAUACGGGUCACGUCGGCCUCGACGGCGCCUAUUUCGGGGACUUGAGCUUCUUGGACGGGUCCAAAGGCAAUUAUGGCGCCGUUCCCACGCAAGUGGUGGCCCCUUACCGUCCGCACAAAGACCUCGAGGCCGCCCCCCUGCUGCUCGACCCGCCCGCCCCCCUCCAGGACCACGAGUACCACGAGAUCAGCGACGAGGAGCGGGGGGAAGAACUGGGCGACGGGGAGUCGCACAGCCCCGGCUUGGACCUGGGCCCGUCGCUGAUGGCCGAGAUGGAGAUGAUGUUCAGCUCGCUGGGGUCGGGGGGGCAUCGAAGGGGGAGCAGGGAGGAGCAUGGGCAUGGGGUGGUGGACCACCACGAGGGCUCCAACAGGAGCAACGAGUUGAAAGAAAAAAUGGGGACGACAAAAAGUAGGAAGCAGGCGACUGUGAAGCCGAUUUCGGCGCAUGAUCAAAAAACUUUAGAUACGGCUAUCGCGAUGGCCAAUGAAAUUACAGCUAGAUCAAUGUCGGCUCCUGCUCCUACGACACCUGCAUCGCCCAAUAAGAAGAAGUUCAGUUUCAAAUUUCCAUCAGUCCACGACCAUGAUAAGCACAAUGAGAGAAGGAAUUUUUCGGAAGAGGCUUUGUCCACUUCUGAUUUACAGUCGAAAGUUACCCAGGAGGCUCAUGCUGCUUACGAGGGAUUGGUAGACAGGCCCCCAAACGAAGUUUCACAGUUGAUGUUGACGAAUCCACUGAAAAUUUUGAGAUCAGGACAGCCAGUUAUUGCUAGCAGAACGAGAUCUUCCAGUGUGGCAAGCACUUUACCUCCGAAAUUCGGCACAGCUGGUAGAGGUUCGGUGCCAGAAAAUUUGAAUGUUCGCCAAGAAUUCACGACCGCGACCCUUCCCCGCCACACCCCGCCCUCGCACCCGCCCCCGCCUCGACCCGCUCCCGCCCCCUCCAGAGACGACAACCCCAUCCCGCUGCCGCCUCGAGACCGCUCCAACAAGGCGCUGCUGUCGGCGAAGCCGCGCCACACGAGGAAACACCCCCUCAUCAUACCGCCCACCAGCUUGCAGAGGACGCUGGACAAGGUUAAUACUGUUUCCCCUCCACCUCCGAGUCCCACGAGUGUGGACCCUUUCCAAUUGCCACCUAAGCCGGAUCCGAUUUAUGCCAACAAUAUGGUGCAUAAGAAUGCGGAGGCAAUACAUUUUGAGGAACAGCUGAACGCCCUGGACGAGAUCCCAGUGGAACAAGACGCUGUCGACGGCGACGAGGGUUUCGGCUCGCUGAAGGCUGACGAGGAGCAGGUGACGAUGGAGAAAUGCUUGCAAGCGCUGGACCAAUCCGAUUGGGACGUGAUGAAGGCCAUCAAGAUCCUGAAGUUGCAGAACGUCGUCGUCAGCGAGGAUCUGGCCAAUCUCUGCGACGCCCUAGAGCACUCCAUGUGGGACAUAACCAAAGCAGCCCAAUGGAUCCUUCAGCAGGACGGAGAGGUGACGCAAGUCUGAACCGUACUCACUAAAAAUAGCAGGCGAAAUAUUUCACUGACAGUCGGUGAAGUUUUUCGAAUUUUAAUAUCCAUGUGGGAUAUAACCAAAGCGGCCCAAUGGAUCCUUCAGCAGGACGGAGAGGUGACGCAAGUCUGAACUGUACUCACAAAAAAAAAAUAGCAGGCGGAAUCUUUCACUGACAGUCGGUGAAGUUUUUCGAUUUUUAAUAACCAUGUGGGACAUAACCAAAGCGGCUCAGAGGAUCCUUCAGCAGGACGGAGAGGUGACGCAAGUCUGAACCGUACUCACAAAAAAAAAUAGCAGGCGAAAUAUUUCACUGACAGUCGGUGAAGUUUUUCGAAUUUUUUAAUAUCCAUGUACGACAUAACCACUGCGUCCCAAAGGAUCCUUCAGCAGGACGGAGAGGUGACGCAAGUCUGAACCGUACUCACAAAAAAUAAAAUAGCAGGCGGAAUCUUUCACUGACAGUCGGUGAAGUUUUUCGAAUUUUAAUAUCCAUGUGGGACAUAACCAAAGCGGCCCAAUGGAUCCUUCAGCAGGACGGAGAGGUGACGCAAGUUUGAACCGUACUCACAAAAAAAUAGCAGGCGGAAUCUUUCACUGACAGUCGGUGAAGAUUUUCGAUUUUUUAUAUCCAUGUGGGAUAUCACCAAAGCCGCCCAAUGGAUCCUGAAGCAGGACGGAGAGAUGACGCAAGUUUGAACCGUACACACAAAAAAAUAGCAGGCGGAAUCUUUCACUGACAGUCGGUGAAGAUUUUCUAUUUUUUAUAUCCAUGUGGGAUAUCACCAAAGCCGCCCAAUGGAUCCUCCAGCAAGACGGAGCG